GGGGAGAGCGGCAAGAGCGGAGUGAGCGCGCGUCGGCCGAGCGCGAGCAGUGCUGAUUAGUUGACAUCCGAUCGUCGUGGGGGCCGCUUCGUCUGUCUCGCAUACUCCUCGCUUUCGAGAGCCAGUGCGGUGUGAGCAAAGUGUGUUGUUGUUAUUGUUCUGUUUUGUGGUGCGAGUGUGCUUUAGUAUUAUCAAGUUGUGCUACGCAGUGCGCGAAGUUAUUUUCUCCGUGACUACGAGAUAGAAAGAUGCCACGAGACAUGUGCGCGAUGCUGGGCGAGUAGCUCGAGCGCGCGUUUCGGAAGGCGACGCCGCCGCGAGACUAAAAGAGUGUUCAGGGAAGUUUGUGUGGUACGAACGAGUCUCCUCGACUGCGGAGAGAACUGCUGCGCGUAAGCGAGAACCAGCUGUCUAACUCCGAGUGCAGUGCGCAGAAAGGCGCAAAUAUUCCGGGGGUAACGAGGAGGGAGCGUGAGGAGCCAGGAGGAGGAGGAGGCUCCGCAGCAUCGUCGUCGUCGUCGUCGUCGGCUUCGCCGUCGCCCCACAACCUCGUCGACCUCAGCAACGGCAAGAGGAUGUAUCCCAGCGGCGGCAUCAACGCGGCAGCUGUGGCCGCCGCAGCUGCCGCCCGGCAUCCGGUGCCGCCACAGUCCAAUCAGCAGUUCAAAUUCACGGUGACCGAGUCCUGCGAUAGGAUCAAGGAGGAAUUCAAUUUUUUACAAGCCCAGUAUCACAACAUGAAACUCGAGUGCGAGAAACUCGCGGCCGAGAGGAUCGAGACCCACAGGCAUUACGUUAUGUACUACGAGAUGUCCUACGGCCUCAACGUGGAAAUGCACAAACAGACGGAAAUAUCGAAAAGACUCAAUGCCAUUAUUGCGCAAAUACUGCCGUUCCUGUCGCAGGAGCAUCAGCAGCAAGUGGCCACAGCCGUCGACAGGGCGAAGCAGGUCACCAUGACGGAGCUCAACUCGAUAGUCGGGCAACAACGCCCGGACAUUCCUCGACUGCUGCAGCAGAUGCAGGUCCAGCAGCUACCGCCAGGAGCAGCUAUCGGUCCACACCCUGGAAUGCCUGGUCUACCAGCUCUGGGUCCAGCGGCUGGACUUCCGGUACCCACGUCGGCAUCAGCCCUCUUGGGCUUGGGACUGACACCCGGAGCCCCACCGACCCCGGGAAGCACGAGCUCGCAUCCGCUAUCGAUGCUCAGUAAACCGGAACUGCACCGCAACAGCCAGCCCGAUGACGCCAAGAGCAACGGAGGACUCAGCUCGGCCGAGGAGAGACACAGGAGCUCGAUAUCGCCCGGCGAAAAGUAUAUCAGACCGCGCUCGCCGCAAGAGUCGCAUCACGGCCACCACACGCAGAACCAUCACGACCAUCCGAUUCACAUCAAGAAGAUGAAGAAGGAGCAGGACAAGGACCUCGGACACAGCGACGGUGAGAAGAGCGACCAAGAUCUAGUGGUCGACGACGCCAGUGAUUGCCCAACGAGUCCCGCGGUGAAUGGCACCACCUCGCCUCGCGAAAACGGCAUCGACAAACUCGGAGUCUCAGCCUUGGGCAGUAGCAGCAACAGCAACGGCAACGGCAACAAUGGCACGACCAAGAAGGAUCUGCCCCCGCACUCGCCGCGAAGCAGUACCAGCAGUAACGCCAGUACUCCUUCGGCCAAGAAGAUGGAGGAGCGUGAAAAGGCCACGACACCCAUUUCCAAGCCGCUGACUCCAACCUCAGCGCCGUCAAACUCUCUCAAACCUUCCGCGUCGAGCAAAGCUGGACCUCUUCAAGGACCACCGCCACCGGGCAGCGUACCUGGAGCCUACCCGGCGCAUUACCCACCUGGACCACUUCACCACCUGCCACCUGGAUCGCAACAUCCUGCGCACGUCGAACUGAUGGGCUACAACGGUUACGCUGCGCCUAGGGCGCCACCUACAUUGCCGCAGCAGUUGUACGAUGCCCACAGAGUCAUGGGCGUUGGCUCUGUACCUGGUGGAAAACCAGCUUACAGCUUUCACGUAUCCAACGACAACGUAAUGGUACCAGUGCCCUUUCCUCCCGAUGCCUUGAUCGGCGCCGGUAUCCCUCGACACGCGCGUCAAAUCAACACCCUGACCCACGGCGAAGUCGUCUGCGCCGUCACGAUCUCGAACCCCACCAAAUACGUGUACACCGGUGGCAAAGGCUGUGUCAAAGUCUGGGACAUAAGCCAGCCCGGCGGAAGCAGCGCCAAACCAGUCUCGCAACUCGACUGCCUGCAGCGAGACAACUACAUCAGAUCGGUCAAGCUCCUGCCGGACGGAAGGACACUGAUCGUCGGUGGCGAGGCCAGUCAGUUGAGCAUCUGGGACCUGGCGAGUCCAACGCCACGAAUCAAGGCGGAACUGACAUCCUCUGCGCCGGCCUGCUACGCUCUGGCGAUAUCCCCAGACUCGAAGGUCUGCUUCAGUUGCUGCAGCGAUGGCAACAUCGCCGUCUGGGAUCUGCACAACCAGACCCUCGUCAGGCAGUUCCAGGGCCACACCGACGGUGCGUCCUGCAUCGACAUCUCAGCCGACGGCACGAAACUAUGGACCGGUGGCCUCGACAACACGGUCAGAUCGUGGGAUCUGAGGGAGGGCAGACAACUCCAGCAGCACGACUUCUCGUCGCAGAUCUUCUCGCUGGGCUACUGUCCGACCGGCGAAUGGCUGGCCGUGGGUAUGGAGAACUCCAACGUCGAGGUACUGCACGCCACGAAGCCCGACAAGUACCAGCUUCACCUGCACGAGUCCUGCGUAUUGUCGCUGAGAUUCGCAUCGUGCGGCAAGUGGUUCGUCUCCACGGGCAAGGACAACCUGCUCAACGCCUGGCGCACGCCUUACGGAGCCUCGAUAUUCCAGUCGAAGGAGUCGUCCUCGGUGCUUAGCUGCGACAUUUCGGCGGACGACAAGUACAUCGUUACCGGCUCCGGCGACAAGAAGGCCACCGUCUACGAGGUCAUAUACUGAAGGAACCACAGCAGCAGCAGUCGUAGAAAUCGCACCAGCCACAGCACUCGGGACGACCGAGUUUGAGAGACACGGAUCGGAGUGUGCAGCAGCAGCAGCAGUCUUGCGCGCACUCGCGUAAGAAGGAGAAGAGAAACAUUUCACACACGUACACGUCGUACACCGCGUACCUAUCCGCGAGAGUACCGUAAGUCCCUUGUAAAUAAUGUGUCGUCGAUAUUAUUCCAUUGAAUGCAUUACACAUACACGCGUUAUCAUCUAGUAGAGAUUAAGGAGAUAAAGAGCAUUAUUGUUGUUGUUAUUUUGGCGAGAACGAGAGGAAUCUUUUCGCAGACGAGCGCGACGGUCAAUAUUGGAAUAUUGGAAAGGUAUAUCUAUAUAGAAUUGACGCGUUGAUUGACUUUUUUGAUAAUUUAUUGUUGCGAGAGAAUGAGAAAAAGAAGCACGUGCAUCGACGUCAUUGCGGAAAGCGACAAAUCCUCGCGCUCUUUCGCAGCUUGUAUAAAAGUAAAGGAUAAAGUCGUGAACAGCAGCACACGUACGCGCAAUUCGCUGUAACGAGUUUCGCUCCCUUUGAGAGCUCAGAUUUUAGACGUACGUAACAUUGAUUAUUUACAUUCUAGUAAGCAAACUGCAAUCUCGUAUAAGAAUUUUAAAGCGACCAGACUCUUUACAGUGAGGAUAGAAACACAAAGUCCCACACACACACACACACACACGCGCGCGCGCGCGCGCACAUUAACACGUAUACACAGAACCACAAACAUUCAGUCAUUCUCGAUAUAUAUAUAUAUAUAUAUAUAUA